UUACCGGAAAUGAAUGUAAACAAACUACCUGCUUGUUCCUCGUUUGUUGGUCAUUGGGAAACGGUAUGCAGUGUGUGGUAGAGGAGAAACCAAACAAAAGAAGGGUCUGAUGUCAUGUUUCAACAGUGUUGAAUAUGACAUUAAUGCCAGGAGUCCAGGGUCUGCUAGGCCUUCACAGAACCCUUGUACCAGCUUUUAGCCGCUUUGUCUCAUCUCCCGCCCAGCUGACAUCUGUCGGUCUUCCCAGGGGGCUUUGCACCGUCACUGCAACUGUCAGCGACUCAAAGCCUUCAGUGGGGCCUGAGAAUGAGUCCUUGCUGGAGAGCUUGACCUUCAUGGGGGUGGACGUGAAGAUGGUGCGCCAGCGCCAACCGGGAGUGCUUCGCAAGAUCAUCACCAAUGAGCAAGGUCUGGCUCACUUUCUCCAUGGCAAAGGCGCCAGCCGCAAAGUGGUGGCCGGCAUCAUCUCCCGGUACCCACGAGCCAUCACUCGCUCGGGUGAGCAUUUGGAGCAACGCUGGGCGAUGUGGCGGAGUGUCUUCAAGAGCGACAGCGAAAUCGUCAGCAUUCUGGACCGCUCGCCCGAGUCCUUCUUCCGUUCGAGCGACAACGACAACCUGGAGAAGAACAUCGUGUUCCUGGGCUCGCUGGGCCUCAACGCCAAGGACCUCCACCGCCUGCUGACCACGGCGCCACGGACCUUCUCCAACAGUGUCGAGCUCAACCGUCAGAUGGUGGAGUUCCUGGAAGAUGUGUGCGCCGAGUUAGGUGGAGAGGACCCUGGGCAGUUUGCCAAGGUAGUGAUUUCCCGAAACCUCUAUAUCCUCAUCCGCAGCACCAAGAGGGUGAAGGCAAACAUUGACUUCCUCAAGGUGACUUUCAAGAUGAGUGAUCCGGAGCUGCUGGCUCUGCUGCAGGGUGCUGGGGCAGAAAUCCUGGACCUCUCUAACGAGUACCUGAAGAGAAACCUCAAGAUGCUUCAGGAGAAGCUGGCGUCUCUCGGCUGUCGGAAAGUCGACGUCAAGAAACUGAUCGUCUGCUACCCCACUGUGCUCUUCAUCGGGUCGGAUACGCUGAGUUCAAAACUGGACUGUCUAUUAAAGGGAGGGAUCACUAUGAGGCAGAUAAUGGAGAAACCUAAAGUCCUGGAGUACAGCACGCAGAACAUCACAGGGCGACUGGAGGAGCUGCAUAAACUCCGGUAUGACUUUGAAAAGAACGGCAUCAACAUUCUGGACUCUAGCCGAAAACGUUUCGACGCCAAGUUGGAAAGACUGGCUCUCUCGUCAGAGGAAUGAGUUGUAUCAACAUUUGGGUUAUGCUUAGAAUGAAUCAGACAUUCUUUUGCACUAGAUUUUUUUCAUUGCUGCCUGAAGCAUAACCUCUACAUAUCACUGUCCUCCUCCUAAUCUAUAGGAUUAUAGCAAGGUAUACGGUUGGUAAAAACAAGUCAAUGAUAAAGAGAAUCAUGUCAGUAUCAGGAAACAUUUAUUUUAAUUUGAACCAAAAAGAGUAUGUAAAGUAGUGUCAUCAUAUUUGAACUAUGAUUUAGAUUUUUAAGUAAGCUAACAAACUGUGUAUUGUAGUACUGUGGCAAUGUAUUUCUCAUGAUUGAUUCUGAGGCACCUUAUUGAACUUACCAAUGGUUUUAUAGAACUGUAAACUACCAAGAGGCAUCAGUACACUGUUUUCACUGACAGAUUGUCAAACUUCUUUUUUUGCCAGAUGAGCUGUUCGAUGAGAAAUCAGCCAAACCCCUUUCUUCCUAGCUUACAGUGCAUUCGGAAAGUGUUCAGACUCCUAGACUUUUUACACAUUUUGUUACGUUACAGCCUUAUUCUAAAAUUGAUUAAAUAAAUACAAAUCCUCAUCGAUCUGCACACAAUACCCCAUAAUGACAACGCAAAACAGGUUUUUAGUUGCAUUACAAAUGAUUGACAUAAGUAUUCAGACCCUUUACUAUGAGACUCGAAAUUGAGCUCAGGGGCAUCUUGUUUCCAUUGAUCAUCCAUGAGAUGUUACUACAACUUGAUUGGAGUUCACCUGUGGAAAUUCAAUUGAUUGGAUAUGAUUUGGAAAGGCACACACCUGUCUAUAUAAGGUCCCACAGUUGACAGUGCAUGUCAGAGCAUAAACCAAGCCUUGAGGUCGAAGGAAUUGUCCGUAGAGCUCCAAGACAGUAUUGUGUCGAGGCACAGAUCUGGGGAAGGGUAUCAAAACAUUUCUGCAGAAUUGAAGGUCCCCAAGAACACAUUAACCAUCAUCAUUCUUAAAUGGAAGAAGUUUCGAACCACCAAGACUCCUCCUAGAGCAAUUUGGGGAGAAGGGACUUGGUCAGGUAGGUUACCAAGAACCCAAUGGUCACUCUGAAAGAGCUCCAGAGUUCUUCUGCGGAGAUGGGAGAACCUUCCAGAAGGACAGCGCUCUCUGCAGCUCUCCACCAAUCAGGCAUUUAUGGUAAAAUGGUCAGACGGAAGCCACUCCUCAAUAAAAGGCACAUGACAGCCCGCUAGAAGCUUGCCAAAAGGCUUCUAAAGACUAAAACCAUGAGAAACAAGAUUCUCUGGUCUGAUGAAACCAAGAUUGAACUCUUUGACUUGAAUGCAAAGCAUCACGUCUGGAGGAAACCUGGCACCAUCCCUUUGAUGAAGCAUGGUGGUGGCAGCAUCAUGCUGUGGGGAUGCUUUUCAACGGCGGGGACUGGGAGACUGGUCAGGAUCAAGGGAAUGAUGAAUGGGGCAAAGUACAGAGAUCCUUAAUGAGUACCUGCUCCAGAGUGCUCAGGACCUCAGACUGGGGCAAAGGUUCACCUUCCAACAGGACAAUACAGGAGUGGCUUUGGGACAAGUCUCAAUGUCCUUGAGUGGCCCAGCCAGAGCCCGGACUUGAUCCUGAUCGAACAUCUCUGGAGAGACCUGAAAAUAGCUGUGCAGCGAUGCUCCCCCAUCUAACCUGACAGAGCUUGAGGAUCUGCGGAGAUGAAUAGGAGAAACUCCCCAAAUACAGGUGUGCCAAGCUUGUACCAUCAUACCCAAGAAGACUCAAGGCUGUAAUUGCUGCCAAAGGUGCUUUAACUAAGUAAAGGGUCUGAAUACUUAGAAGAUGUGAUAUUUCAUUUUUUAUAUAUAUGCAUUUUGCAAAAAUGUCUAAAAACCUGUUGCUCCUUUGUCUUUAUGGGGUAUUGUGUGUAGAUUAGUGAGGGGGGGGACUAUUGAAUCCAUUUUAUAAUAAGGCUGUAACGUAACAAAAUGUGGAACAAGUCAAUGUGUCUGAAUUCUUUCUGAAUGCACUGAAUCUGCCUGAAUGAAUGAAUAUGUGAAAAAUCAAGGUUGUUUGAAUUGCAUCACAAAAUAUGAUGCAUUCGGUUUACUAUAAGUAAUAGUUAUAUAUGUUCUCUGUUUGAUGCAAAUAUAUGCCAAUAAACGGUAAUAAAAUUACAGUUGACACUUUAA